AUGAAGAGAAACAAAAAUUAGUCAAGAAUUGUCCUAAUUGUAAAGCAAUAUUUAUUCCUAAUCAAGGAGCAAACUGUUCUAUUACUUGUUCGGCUCGAAAGUUGGAAAACGAACACAAAAAGGCAGCUAAAAAAAUGAUUGCUUAUUGUUUUCCCAAAAAGAAAAAAGAAUUUUUUGAGACUAACCCUCAUGAAGCCGGACACAUCACAGCUUUUGAAAAAAAGUUUAUUUCAAGAGAAAGAGAAGUAAUUAAAAAAAUGUAUGAUUUACGAGAUAAAUACGAAGCUUCUUUAAUCGAGGAAUAUGAGUUGCUAAAUUAUUAUGAAGAACAUCAAAAAGUGAUAGAUAAAUAUCAAGAAUGA